AUGGAGCAAAUACCCUUCAACCAGAUCAGCCACCCACGCUCAUCAUCAUUUACGAACGCAGCCUUCCAGCCCGACUCGACGUUCCGAGCACAAGUACAGGGGCUGGUGCCAGCACAAUCCCAGAAUACGAGCCUCAAUUCCACUGCCACUGUCACUGUCACUGCCAACAUGCCCACGAACCCGAGUGUCGGUGCCAACCCGUCGCAGUCCCAGAUCCAGCCUCAAUUACAGUCCCAGUCUCAAACUCAUACCCAAAUACAACCCGAAGACGAGUCGGAAACACAAAAAGGCGGACCAACGGCUACAGCGCCGUUCUUACAGGACUUUAGCCUCGUAGCGGAAGCGGCGAAGCGGGCGCAGAUGGCUGUUGUUAUGCGGGAUUUGGAGGGGAUUUCACUAUAG